AUGCACCACAACUUUAUCACUUCCACUGGCAACAUAUCCAUCAUGGCUUACAACGCCUACAAGCAAGCGACGCGGCAGCUCGAGGCCACAGCUCAAGAAAACUCUGGCCAUGCUCAUCAUGCCCCCAUCGACACACCUAAGCACGUGUCGCAUGAGCCGCCGAUCCGCAUCGAUCCCGCUUUUACACAAACGGAAAUUUACGAUGCCGAGGCCGAUUGUGCUGCCUGUGGCGCCAUUCAUGUUGGAAACACCGGGGAUGUCCCGGCUGUGAAGUCAGCCGAGGCUCGUCUUGCGACCUUUUGCAUGCACGGCGAAAGCGACCUUGUUCUUGGCGAUUUGGCCUGGGGCUACCGACUGAAAUACCACCACAUGGUGUUUGCCGUGCACAUGAGCAUAUCCGGCACCUUUCCGGAGUACCGCCACAGACUCCUUCGACCCUACCAAAUCUCGUCGAAGCCGGAUGCUUGUGACGUUGCCAUCAGGCAAUUUGUCCGGCCCAUUGUCACUGUCACGGAGCGUUGUCCGUCGUUCCUAUUGUAUCGGUCGACACAGGUGUCUCGACAUGAUGGACCACAGAGCGAACCAUUGGAUUCCAUCUCCAUUGGGCACUUGUACAUUUGCCCUCAUGCCAACGUAACCGGCGCGGACCACAUCGCGGCCGUCACCAACUCGGCCAUCGAAAACGCCAUUGCCAAUGCCAACAUGGGCAUCACUGCAAAGCAGCAUCUCUCGUGCCGCAGGUGUCCGACCGACAUCGAGCUGGUGUCCGAACCGGGCUGUGUCACAGUUCGCUCUUGGCACAAUAUGGGCUACUCCAAUACCACCCCAACGUCUCCGGAGUGGAUGGUGCACGUUGUCUCGCCCGGAAACAACGAGUUUGUUGGUCCGGUUGUUCGUCACCGGCAAGGAUCCAUCCGUGCACGCUACGAGAGGGCCAUCCAGCUGCAAGAUCUCAACAACGACGUGUAUACACAAGAUGACGAGAACAAUCCGAUGACGUCGGCUGCCCUCCGAACCGCUGGACGCACCCUGCUCGGCUACCGUGUCCAAGGCCGUCGUGAGCUUAGAGGCUACUGA